AUGGGAGACUUUAAUGCCAAAAUAGGGAUGCCGGGUCCUUACGAAAGAGAAAUAAUGGGCAAAUAUGGUUAUGGUACAAGAAAUCUAAGGGGUGAACGCCUUAUACAAUAUGCCAAUGAGUAUAAGCUAUCAGUGAUGAAGACAUUCUUCAAGAAAAAACAAUCACGCAAAUGGACAUGGAUAUCUCCUGACCAAAGAACAAAAAACGAAAUUGAUUUCAUACUGAGCAAUAAUCCAAAAUCUAUAACCAAUAUGGAAAUAUUUGGAAUUGUUAACUUCCCAUCACACCACAGAAUGCUGAGAUGUUGCCUGACCAUAACAUCCCCAAGAUGA